AUGCGGGAGCUGGAGGCCAAGCACCACGCAGCCCUCGAGGAGCUCAGAGAGCAGCACCAGAGGGACAUGGCAGCACUCAUCAAGAAACUCAAAGACGCAGAAGCCGCCGACAAGAGCUCUGCUGUCAACGCUGAGUGGGAGAGGUACGUCGAUCAGUAAGUGGUGACAAGUUGCGAAGUAGUGCUCAGGAAGCUUGCAUGAUCAGGAAGCUGCGGAGCGUGGAGCGGGACUACGAGAAGGCGCUUGACGAGAAAGACGCCGCAACCAAGAGAGACCUGCAAGCCGUCAAGAGACAACAGGAAGAGCUGGAGGAGACCUACCGCAGGUCACAAAAGUCACGGCAGCCGACCUCCAGGCGAACAGUGCUCAUCCUUCGUCUCGCAUGCCUAUCUGCAGCAAGCUGAACGAGGUCAAGAAGCAGCUUGCAGACUCAGGAACCCAGGACGUAAUGAGGGCUGACUAUGAGCGGUGCGCAAAGCACAUGACACCGACUGUGAGAAUGCACGUCUGAAUCCGUCCAUUCAUUCAACAGGCGUCUUCGGGACAUGGAAUCGCAGCACGACAUCGCAAUGGACGAGCAGGAGCGCCAACACAGAAGGUGAGGUGGCCGGCUAUCAUUGGUCCACCCGGUGACUGACAUACAUCUGUACCUCUGAUGGAUGGUAUGCAGAGAGGUACAAGUGUUGAAGGACUCACACCUGGAGGAGCUCGACAAAGCCCAGUCGUCGCUUCGAAAGUCUGUGUCACAUGCCAGGCGUUGAUGUCGACAGCUAAUUAUGGAUGUGUCCAUGGCUUGUUCAGGCGUGUGGGCGAGUUUGAGAGAGAGCUCGAAACCAGGAAGUCAAAGGAGGCCUCGUAAGGACAGACGAUUGCAUAUCGAUCAAAAUAGCGCAACACGUCAUUCGGCAUCCUGUCUGCCUUUAUGCUGCACAGCGACCGGCGGAAGAUUGCCGAGCUGAAAGAGGCCUUAAGAGACCUGCAAGAGGACUACGAUCGGUCAGUCAGCUCGAAACAAUCGCUUCCAUAUCGAUCAGAACAGGGCUGCUGUUUGUUUGUCAUGCAGGCGGCUUCGAACAAUAGAGGAGGACCAUCAGGCAGCGCUGCAAAGGAUGAGCACCAAGCAGGACAGGGAGACAGAGCGGCUGAAGGCCAAGCUUCUCCGUUUGCAGCCGAGAGCGUCAGAGACACCGCCAGACGAGACCAAACCUGCAGAGGAGCAGGAGGAGUCAGAAGAAGAAGGAACACCAAGGUCGGUCGCUUCAGUCCCAAAAGGACGUCCGUCUUGAGUUGUGUCGCGUGUCUUUUUCUGUGAAUGGCAGACAUCCCAUGCCGCACGGGCGUGUCUCGCUCGGCCGCCUAUGGUGAGUGAUUAAUUAAGGGAGGGAAGGACAGGAUAUAUGCCGUGGUGUCUCGUUAAAAUCAUCAGGGAGAGCGAGGUGAGGCGGGAGUCCAGAUACUCGAGAUCAUCCAGAUCAGAGUCACCCAGGAGGUAGGCACCGAGAAACACUCCACACGCGACACACCUAUCACCCAUGGUCAACGCAUUGAUGUGGUCAUGCAGAGGGAGGCGUUCCCGUUCGCCGGAGGGACGCACCGAGGCGUAAGUGCAGUGCAGGCGAGAGACAAAGAGCCAACAGGCGGUCCUGGCGGAUGCGCUGUCCCUCAUCUCUGUGUCUGCAGAGGCACGGCGCGUCAGGCCCCUUCAUCUUGGCGGAAGCGGUUGCACGCGAGUAUCGAUGAGUUGGAGCAGGCCCCUGCCACACUCACACCCACCGCACCCUCACCUCCCCCCGCAGGCGGGCCCUCACCAGCAGCGGCCUGGCUCACACCACCGACGCAGCCUCAGCCUCGUCGGGGAAUCAGUGAGGAGGAGGCCAUGACACGGCUGGAAGGACUGUCGCAGCAGCAGACCAGCCAGCAUCGCAGAUGA